AUGGGGAUCAAGCAUGAUGCGCCAAACAGCAUAUAUGGCAACAACCAAGUCGAUGACAUUGAAGUAAACCACCCGACAGCCGAACGAGAUGGACUCCUCAUUCCAGACCGAGACGAGCAUGGUUACCAAAUCCGGGAGCAGCCCUACGGCACUAAACGUCAAGUGAAAGUCAUCCUUAUGGGAGCAGGUGCAUCAACGUUGAAUUUUCUCAAGAAAGCGGAAGAAGAAAUGAGCAACCUCGAUAUUACAGUAUACGAGAAGAACCAUGAUGUUGGAGGUACCUGGCUGGAGAAUCGUUACCCUGGCUGUGCGUGCGACAUUCCGAGCGUCAAUUACCAGUUCAGUUGGGCCAUCAAGCUUUGGACACAUUUCUACAGUUUUUCGCCGGAGAUCUGGCAGUACAUCAAGGGGCUCUACGAUGAGGGCGAUUUCAUUAACAAGUACAUCAAACUACGACACACCAUUCAGCAUGUCGAAUGGAAUGAAGCCAAAGGCAAAUGGGAGAUCAAAGUCCAAAACAUGGAGACAGGCGAGGAACUCGAGGACGAAGCAGAGUAUUUCAUCAACGCUGGAGGCGUAUUGAACAACUUCAAAUGGCCGGACAUUCCUGGUCUCCAUGACUUCAAGGGCAAGUUGAUGCACUCUGCUGCAUAUGAAGAAGGAUACGAUCUCAAAGACAAGAAGGUCGCGGUCGUUGGAGCCGGCAGUUCAGGGGUGCAGAUUGUUGCCAGGAUUCAACCGCAUGUUCAGCAGCUUUUUCACUGGAUCCGCUCACCCAUCUGGAUCACAGCCGGAUUCGCCCAAACGUGGGCCGGCAAAGACGGCGCCAACUUCGAAUACAGCGAAGAGCAGAAGCAAUACCUCAAAGACAAUCCCGAGAAGUAUCUCGAGUACCGAAAGCAGGUCGAGAACGAACUCAAUCAACGAUUCAAGUUCAUCAUCAAGGGUAGCCAGGAAGCCGCCGAGGCACGCGAGUUCUCCUACAAGCAAAUGGAGCGUAAAUUGAACAAUGAUCCCCGUUUGUGCGACAAGAUCAUCCCGAAGAACUUUAAUCCUGGCUGUCGUCGUCCGACGCCUGCUCCAGGCUAUCUCGAAGCGCUCGUGGCUCCGAACGCAACCAUCUUCACCGACGCUAUUGGCAAAUUCACACCCAACGGCUUCAUCGACCAUGAUGGCAAUGAGCACGAGUGUGAUGUUGUCAUCUGUGCCACAGGAUUCGAUACUUCCUGGCUGCCUCGCUUUCCGUUCCGCGCGCAUGGAAAGGACAUCCGCGACUUGUGGAAUGCCAAAGAUGGCGUGACGUCCUAUCUCUCCAUCGGCAUCCCAACUUUCCCCAACCACUUCACCUUCUGUGGCCCAUACGGUCCUCUUGGCCACGGCUCCUUCAUGCCCUUGAUCGAGCGAUGGACGACCUACAUGUUCUCCGUCAUUUCCAAAGCACAAGAAGAAAACAUCAAAUCCUUCACUCCCAAAAUGGCUCCUUCGCGAGCAUUUCGUCAACAUGCGGACCUCUUCUUGCAGCGUACGGCGUGGACCAGUCCGUGUCGCUCCUGGUUCAAGCAAGGCAAGAACGACGGCCAAGCAGCGAUCUACCCCGGCAGUCGGCUGCAUUUCUUGCAUUUGUUGAAAAGUCCGAGGUUUGAGGAUUUUGAGAUUCAGAGUUGGGAUGAGAAUCCCUUUACGUUCUUGGGCAAUGGAUUCGAUACGAGGGAGUUCGAUGGGCGGGAUAUCACUGAUUAUCUCGGUCUGCUGGGUGAUGGCAAAGAUGUUCAGCCGCAGUAUGGAGAGGAGUUGAUGGGCAAGCUGGCGGGUUGGUCGAUUGGGAAGUGA